AUGGAACCGUUACAUCCAGAUCGCACACGUGCUGCCGAGAUCAUUCAACGGUUGAUAGAAGUUGCGCGCGGUUACAUGAUUGAAGACUCAGGCGAGAAUGACGCCGAGGACUUACUCCCGAGGGGCCUUCUUGUCACCGGUCGCUUGGGGGCAUCAGUCAUGUUUGAUGCCGUCCUCCGGUCUGUACACCACCACAGACAAAAGGCACAGAUGCGAAAGUCGCAUUUAUUAGAAUCCUCAAGAGUUGCGCCUAUCAUUGGCAGGCAUAUGCCUACAGGCGGCGAAGGUGGUUCAAAUACCGGGCUGAUAGGGUGCCGCCAAUCCGUAGAAGCCCAUGGAGAUGCACCCGACAGCUCAGGUGGAAUCGGCUUUGGCGAUAUGUUUGAUUUCCAAUUCAUGGAUACGUAUGAGUAUAUUAUGAGCACUGACUCGUCUCUUAUGCUGGAUAGCCUGGAAAACCCAGGCGGCGGGACCUGGUAA